UGCGUAGAACGUAAAUUCUGAACUUGUAUGUGUGUGUAUGUUCUGUAGGCAUUGUAUCCUACUCCUAACUCCAAUACUCCUCUCCUUGUGGCGUGCUGGUGCUGGUGCUGGUGCUGCUGCUGCACUGGCGGAGUGGUAUAGACGCUUGGAGGAGAAUCGGCCCCGCUAAAGCGUACGGGUGCCUCAGUCCGCUCUGCGUAGUCCCCGUAGUGACUCCGACUCUCUCGACCCGAGUGCCAAAAGUGUGCUAGAGAGAGACGACGAAGCGAGCAGCGCCGCCGCCGCCAACACAUACACACACACGCACGGGACGCAGAGAUUCGCUCUCGGAAGAGCUGCUUUGGGACUCGCAAUUGAGUUGGGCUCGACGCGCGACACGGAACAGUCAACAAAUAUCAUCGUGCACACGGACUUUUAAGACACUCGCAACGAGUCGCGCUCAGCUCAACAUAUAUAUACAACAAACUGAUAUAUAUACAGCAUAUAUAUAUGUACCAUACAGUUGAAUAUAUAAAAGUGUAAAAUUGUGUAUAUAAAUCUAUAUAUCUAUACAUAUACAUACUUUGGCAUCACGCCUCGUCGCAUAAUAAAGUCACCUCAACAACGAGCAGUUGUUACGAUUUUGCCCAAAAACUUGCGCGCGUGUGUGACGUUGCUGCAACAGCUCUCAUCGUGUAAAGGCCAACAACAACUGCGUUUGUCGCCAAAAGCUCACAGCCAUUGAUUUGUUCGAGACUACUUAUAUAUUACGCAGGAUAUAUAUACACACACACCGAUCGACUGCAACACAACAUCAUCUUCUGCUCAAACAAUCCAACGAUAUUUGGAUAUGCAAUUAAGUUUUAGAUAAUUAUUUACAACUGAAGUCACAACCAAAGCAACAAGAUGUAUAACCAAGAUUUCGAUAAAAGGCGAUUAAAACCCACAAAUAGUGAACCUUAUAAAGGGGUUGAUCAUGAACAAGAAAGAGAUUACGGUCCAGUUGCAGCUCCUAUGUUUUAUUCACCAACAAAAGUAUCAAACAAUAGCUUUGAUCGUUUCAUUCCAACACGCUUGGGAAACAAUUGGCAUACAACGUUUUCCAUGAUUUCCGAUAGUAAUAAAAGUAUGAUAAAUAAAAAAGCUAGAGAAAAUAAUGCUGAGGGUAAUCGAGAUGGAAUAGCUUACUCUUGUUUAUUAAAAAAUGAAUUAUUAGGUGCAAGCAUUGAAGAUGUUAAAGGACAAUGUGAAGAACGACGCAUCCUUUCUCCUCUGGCUGGCAAGAAUCUAUUCAAAUACACUACUCCUACAAAAGACCGAUCUCUUUUAGAUCAUAGUUCCCCAUAUUCACUUUCUCCAUUAAGUGCAAAGAGCCAAAAACUUUUACGUUCACCGCGAAAAGCAACCCGAAAAAUAUCCAGAAUACCGUUCAAAGUUCUUGAUGCCCCAGAAUUACAGGAUGAUUUCUAUUUAAAUCUUGUUGACUGGUCAUCACAAAAUGUUUUAAGCGUUGGUUUGGGCAGUUGUGUGUACCUAUGGUCUGCAUGCACUAGUCAGGUAACAAGACUGUGUGACCUUUCAAGUGACGGAAAUACAAUAACAUCUGUUGCAUGGAACGAAAGAGGAAACCUUGUUGCUGUCGGUACACAUGUUGGUUACAUACAAAUAUGGGAUGUAGCAACAAAUAAGCAGAUUCACAAAAUAACAGGUCACAGUGCGCGAGUUGGAGCGUUAGCUUGGAAUGGCGAAGUAUUGUCUUCAGGUUCUCGCGAUCGAUUAAUAUUCCAACGCGAUGUGCGGACACCCUGUAUCACGCCAGAUCGUAAACUUGGUGCUCAUAGACAAGAAGUAUGUGGUUUAAAAUGGUCGCCGGAUAAUCAAUAUCUCGCCAGUGGCGGUAACGAUAAUCGCCUCUACGUUUGGAAUAUGCACUCACUAUCACCGGUACAAACUUACACAGAGCAUUUGGCGGCCGUCAAAGCUAUCGCUUGGUCACCGCAUCAUCAUGGUUUAUUAGCUUCGGGCGGUGGAACUGCCGACAGAUGUAUCCGAUUCUGGAAUACGUUGACGGGGCAACCGAUGCAAUGCGUUGAUACGGGCUCCCAGGUUUGCAACUUGGCAUGGAGUAAACACAGCUCAGAGCUAGUUAGCACACAUGGAUAUUCACAAAAUCAAAUUUUGGUGUGGAAAUAUCCAAGUCUCACACAAGUUGCGAAACUUACUGGGCAUUCAUAUCGCGUGCUUUAUCUUGCGAUGUCUCCAGACGGCGAAGCAAUUGUUACUGGUGCAGGCGACGAAACACUGCGCUUUUGGAAUGUCUUUAGCAAAGCACGUAGUCAGAAAGAAAAUAAGUCUGUGCUAAAUCUUUUCACAAGUAUUCGAUAGGCUACGCGCGUUUAUAAUAGUGCAUUGAAAUGGUGUAAAUAUGGGAAAAGCAAUUGUGAGUGUGCGAUAAAAUAAUCGAUAUGAGGUAGUUUUGCCAUGGUAAUAAGAUCGAGGAGUAAUCUUUUGGGGGCAACUUUUCAUUUUGUAGAGCAAUCAGUUCAUAUUUUGAAAAUUGAUAAGUGAUUUACACUUUUUUGAUAGGCGUAUUUAUAUUUUUUCUAUUAUUUUUGCCGUUAUGAAAGUGAGAAUCAAAAAUUGAGAAACGAUUAUUUCUCUGAAUUUGAGACCAAAGAUAUAAGAUUCGAACAGGAGUGACAUUUUCAUGAGGUGGCUUUUUCAUAAAAAGAGGUCGGAACGUUUGCUUAUGUAUUUCUUUUUUUAAGAAAUGUUUUCUUUGUAGGAACUUUAAACUUUUGAUGGUAAAGCUUUUUAUAACCAUUUGUAUGAAUUUUAAAAUCGGUACUUAAUGAAUUUUAUUAAACCUCCAUCAGACAAAUUCUCAAAAAUGACUGAAUCAAUGGAAAAACUUCUUCAAGUACAAAUGUUUAAAUUAUAUUAUAUAAUCAUAUAAAUGAAGAAAAAUAUAUUAGGACGAGUACAGAAUCGUAGGUAAAGAGUUUGCGCUAUAUAUAACUAUUUAAUUUUUCAUGAGCACUAUUUACUAAAUAUAUUCAGUCAUCCGUGCAAUAACUUUCUACUUUUUUGUUGUUUCAUCCUAAGUUAGUAAUAUACAUUGCCACGCAUUUUUAUUUACGUAGAGGGUAGAUGUAAUCACUAAUAGUGGUGUAGUCACAAUUUUUAUUAGUAAUGAUGAAUGCUUGAAAUUCAUUAGAAGAAUAUUGUAAGAAUAUUUCUUUAGGACCAGUGAAAAAAAUAAGCUACAUUGGAUAAAUUAUUUGUAAGCGGUUAAUUUUGUUCAAAAUUCGAAAUUUUUCGAAACACUUUUGGUAUAAAUUAAAAAUAGUAAAAUUGUAUGUGUAAUGCGACUGUUAUAAUACGAUACGAAAUUGUAAUAAAACAAUAUGAAAUUGUUUUGUAAAAAUAUUUAAAAGGAUGCGCAAUAAUUUAGAAAAAUUUAUUUUCUCAAAAACUUGGCUCAUUUUUUCAUACUGUGUAACCCACUGAGUAUUUUUAAUUAGUGCUCGUCAAAUAAGUAGAAAUGUUAUCAUACAAUGCAGGUAUUUAAAAACAAAUUUUUCAAAACCAUCAGAAUUCAAAUCGAAAGAAAAUACAUUCUCAAGUCGAGGUCGAUUCUCGUGUUACUUUCAAAAAAUCUUAUUAAUACUUUUAAAUUGAAGAAUAAUUCCUGUUAUUCACAUGUGUAAAUUAUAAACAAAUUUUAAAUUUAAGAAAGCAAACUGCGUUUAACUUAUACCAUACGAAAUCAGUCAUUUGUAUAAAUUAAAGUCGAGGUGACAAUUAUGUAAAUUUACCAGCAUUUAUAUUAUUAAAAAACUCAUAAUAUAUAUACAUAUAUAACUGAAAGAAUGUCUUUAACUAAAUCAAAUUAGUUAAUCAUAACUAACUCAAAUUUGAAAUGGGUGAGGGCUAACAAAAAUUUCCAAAAAUUGAACACUAUAGAUGAAAAAUGUUGAUGUUUUCAAAAUGUAUGAAUAAACGUUAACUUAAAAAAUUGGAAUAGAUAUGAAUAAUUUAACCAUCACAUUCUAUAUAUCUAUUUAAUCAAGAGCUCUAACUUCAAAAGGUAAAUUUCAAAAUAUUUUGAACGAUUUUAUUCAUAACAGGCCUAUUUGUACAUAAAAUAGCUAAGCAGCAGGUCGUUUAAAAUCGUAAUUACAAUUUUGAAAAGUCAGAAUUCACAUAAGACUUUAAAUAGCUAAAUAGUAGUAUUGUAAAAAGAACGAAUGUGUAAAAUUAACUUGACAACUUUAAUUAAAUGAUUGAUUAGAAAUGAAUUGUGUGAAUACAUAUGUGCGUGGUUAUAUUAUGUAUUAAAAAUAGAUUAAAAAAUAUUUUUUGGGUAGUCCAUCUUCAUGAAACUUUCUAUGUGCAGUCAAAAAUUGUUCUUAGUUAUAAUUGUGUCAAUAGUAUAAUAAUUAAAUAAAUAACAACUAAGAUGUGGAUAUGAAUGAGAACCAAGAU